CAACAGCAGCACGUUUGCGCUACCAAAAAUGGCACUGACUUUGCGCAAGUAUACUCCGUUUGGAAUAAGGGAUAUUCUUUCUGAAAGAUUCGACGCGUCAACCACAUCAUGUUGCGAGUCAGAGUGUUGUCAAAAUUGGGAUGAAUUCGCAGAGGCUCCGAGUGGGUUUACAAGCAAUAUAAAAGGCUUUUCCCAAGAAAAAGAUUAUCCACGCAGAUUAGUAGGACGAACUGUUUCAGUCAUUCAAAAAACAACAGAAGCGGACUACAGCCACCUCAAAGAAAACAACUAUGACAGUGAUAAAUGUUUGAAGGAUGAAAUGCAACAAGGCAGGCGCGCGCGGACUGUAUACACAAGAAAUCAGGUCAAAGAACUAGAGACAAUAUUUCAGAUCAAUCAUUACGUUGAUCUCGAGUCUAGAAAAUCGCUUUCAAAAAGAAUUGGCUUAGAAGAGGACAGAAUUCAGGUUUGGUUUCAAAAUCGCCGAGCAAAAUGGCGUAAGACAGAGAAAGUUUGGGGCAGCAGUUCAAGAAUGGCUGAAUAUGGGUUUUACGGAGCAAUGGUGAGGUACUCGAAACAACUGGGCAAAGUGAAACGACCUGCUCUGAAGUCAACUUCACCUUCAACAUAGACCAGAGAAAGACAGUCGCAUCUAAGAAGCAUAUAAAAUACGCCUUAUUUAAGUCAUACAAAUGUUUGUAAAUAGUCUAAGAAUGUAUUUAAUACGUGCAC